UGUCUCUGGUGUCCUGUGUGGUGGUAGAGAAAAUUGCAACCGAACUCGCCGUGAAAAUGCAUCCGCCGUGAAAAAUGUCCGCCGCAGCGAUACAGCGCCGCGCUGUGAAAGAAAAGUCUUUCAUCGCCACCAUGUUGUUGGUCGUGCCGCGGUGGGUGGGGUGGUUUUUGGGAUGUAGUGAAAAGUAGCAUUUUUUUCUGCUCUCGUUCACGUGAAAUGAAUUUCUCAUGCCGUACAGAGAAUGUUUCUUAGCAACGCAAAAUUGCACUCACCAUAUGCUUGUCAUAAAAAUGGUGUGUGUUUGGCCCCCGGACCCCUCCGGGGAAAAAAUGAAUCAUUAUGUGUGCGGCUCUGGCCGACACCCCUGCAUACACAGGACCGUGCGAAAGGGUACGAAGGGAAGGAAACUCGGCACACACACUCACACAUACACACAUUCACAGUGUGGCAGCAUAGGGUACACAGCAUAGGUUCGUUGGCUUGGAUUUCCUCCAUGCUGGAGUAUAACAAAGGGAAGCGUGUUGGUCGACAGUGUAUGGACGGGAAAGCAAAUUAAACCAUACCAAAGAUGAGUUUGACCAUAAACGCGGUGGACGCGAUGGAGUACAUCGAUGACGACAACAUCACCGGCGCAUCGGACGAUGACGAUGACGACAAUCCGAGCAGUCCGGGCAGUGCGUACGAUGACGGGAACCUCAUCAACGUUGCCAUGGAGAACGAAGUCACAGCACAGCUGGUGGCCGCCGGUGUCGUCGGUGUCGCUGCCGCCGCCGCCAUCACAUCGUCUAAGAAGAAAAAGAGGCCCCACUCGUUCGAAACGAACCCUUCCAUCCGCAAGCGGCAGCAGAACCGACUGUUGCGAAAGUUACGACAAACCAUUUUCGAGUACGCUACGCGUGUCGGACAGCAGGCAGUCGUGCUGGUCGCAACGCCCGGCAAACCCAACAACAUCUACAAAGUGUUCGGCGCGAAACCGCUGGAGGACGUGCUGAAGAAUCUGCGCAGCAACGUGAUGGACAAGCUGGACGAGGCACUGGCAGCACAGGCACCACCGCGCGUGCAGGACGAUCCUUCGCUGUUCGAGCUGCCGCCGCUCAUCAUCGACGGUAUACCGACGCCGGUGGAGAAGAUGACCCAGGCACAGCUGCGCGCGUUCAUCCCGCUGAUGCUGAAGUAUUCGACCGGGCGUGGAAAGCCGGGCUGGGGCAGAGACUCGACCCGGCCACCCUGGUGGCCAAAGGAGCUGCCCUGGGCCAACGUCCGCAUGGAUGCGCGCACGGAGGACGAAAAGCAAAAGGUAAGCAAGAUAAGUUGGACACAUGCACUGAGAAAAAUUGUCAUAAAUUGUUACAAAUACCACGGCAGAGAAGAUCUGCUGCCCGCGUUCAGUGAAGAGGACGAGAAAGCGAACGCCAUAGCAACGGCUAGCUCGAACGUCGAUGUGAUGAAGAUCGAAAAUGGCAGCGUGGUAACGGUGGGUCCGGCAAGCGGCGGCAAUACAGCCACGGCCACCAUCACGAACGGUGCCGGCGGCCAGCAGCAGAUCAUCAUCCAUCAGGCCCAUCCGCAGCAGCAACAGCAGGUCCAAUCGAAUGGCCAGACCACGAUUACCAGCGCGAACGGUCAGAUCAUCAAGGAGAACGCGGACGGCACGAUCCAGAUACAGCAGCAGGCUUCACCCACGCAGACCCUGAACGCGCAGGUUUGCUUAGACUCGAUGGCUCUAAGCGAUGUGGAUUUCACACAUACCGUAUUGCAAACCAUACAGAACCCCGACGGUACCGUAUCACUUAUUCAGGUUGAUCCCAACAAUCCCAUCAUCACGUUACCCGACGGAACUACCGCACAAGUACAAGGAAUUGCCACCCUGCAGCAACAGGCUGACGGAGGCGUUCAUGCAAUCCAAACUAUAUCAGAUGGGCAGGGCGAAAGCAUGUCGGUGGAUCUAACGGAGGCGACCCUCGGUCAGGAUGGACAGCUAAUAAUCACCGGAGAGGAUGGGCAAGGUUACCCAGUGAACGUGAGUGGCAUGAUCACCGUGCCAGUGUCCGCACAGAUGUACCAGACGAUGGUGGCCAACAUACAGCAGGUGCCGAACGUGGACGGAACCGUGUGCAUAACACCGAUGCAGGUACAUAACAUAGCGUCCACUCACUCUCAACAGCAACAGCAACAGCAGCAACAGACUUCCGCUGCGGUGGUUAGCACAGCUAGCAACACGACACAGAACUUGACCAUUUCGACAAACGUGGGCGCUGCAUCUAGCCAGCACCAUGCCGCCACCAUGCUGGCCAACUAUGCGUUGAGCAGCAAUGGGACCAUUUUGACCGUACCGCAAAUGCAACCGAUGCCGUCGUCCGGCAAGCAGUCGCGUGCUAGUAAUACUGGCAACAGCAGUACCUCGUCACGCGCUUCGGCCGUGACCGGUGGUGUGCCGAUGGUUGGCCUGAAUGCGAUACUUCCUUCGCAGCGUGGUUGUUUUAAUCUUGCCAGCGCCGUGAACCAGCAGCAACCGGAGGAACUGGACGAAUCCGACCAAAAUAUGACCAAUAGCAAUAAUAAUAACAACACCAGCAUGUCACAAAACGUCUUAAACGUGCAACGUAAAUCGAACGUAAUACCGGGCGGCGGUACCAUCUUCGGUGGUGCCGGGCUCGGUGUGAAUCAGAUCAAGUUCUGCAUACCCAAGAUUGAACCGAUGGACGAGGACAAAGAGGACGCGGUGACGGCGGACGUCGGUGGCGGUGGCGGCACUCCCAGCUUUGUAAUUCAGCUGAGCGGUAUCCCGUUCACUGCCACGACUGAUGCAAAGUCCUCCCAGCAGCAGCAGCAGCAGCACCAACAAUUGAAACGCAACAUUGAACUGACGGUGAAUGACGGCAGUCAUUUGAUCGAUGCGCUGAGCAUAGGUCAGAAGUCGGCGAACAGCAGUGGCAGCAACACUACGACCGAGGUUGACCCGAAACAUUUUGGCCUGCAGAGCGUGUAGCUUGCACAGUGCCCAGACCGGACGAAACGUUUUGACAAAACAACAACAAACUCCCCUCCCAUUUCCUCCCUCCCCUUACACGACCGUAGCACCCGGCUCUCCGUAGCACAAUGUUGGACCUACCCAACGCCGGCCCGCUUCCCGUUGUUUAGUUAAGCCUUUGAAGUGUACUUUAUUUAAGAUUUGAUCCCAUUUAGCUUUACGUUUGUACUUUAGCUGUUUGAACCAAAAGUAUCGUAACAGAUUUAGGAUGUAAAUUAGUUGAUUUUGUCUAGCCAAACAGGAGCGGACCUCUGCUCCGAUCGCUCACGAUUCACACAGAUGCGCGUGUGUGUGUGUGGGUAGUAGUGGUAUGAUUUUAAUGUUGUUUUCUUGUGUUAGAAUUUAUUUAUUCGAUCUUAGCCGCCGUCCGCCGAUGAUCGCAGUGCUUAAUCUACUUACGGCUCAAUUCCCGGCUGCCCCGUACUGCAAUAAAAAACGCAACCAUUGUUGUGUCCCAUUUUUUCUUGUGGCACUCUGUGUGUCUAGUCCAAAGCGGCAACCACCACCACCUCUCCCCCCCUCCGUAUGAUUGUGCCAUUCGCGAUGUUAGUGUGAAGUGUGAAGAGCAAAAGGGGUAGGUUGGUCAUUUUAAGUUCCACAACAGAAAGCCCAGCAAAACAGGGACGAAACGAAGCGGGGAAGAGCGAUAGGGAAUGUGAGAGCAGGUAUGUUGAGCAGGAUAGCAAACGAAAGAAGCUUAUUUAUUUUAUUUAUGUCUUUUACCGAUCGUACCGUGCGCCGCGUCAGUCCCAGUAAAUAUGUGCCAGUCAGAUUAUUGUAGCUGGGUAACAUUUUCUGAAGGAUCUCAACAUGUUUUAGCAGUGUUUUUUUUGUUUUUAAUUCGAUCGCAAGAAUCGCCAAAGGAAUGUAGUCAUGUAGAGGCAAGCCAAAUCCACCUAUUAUUAUCACACAGUCAACUGUUCUAGUUAAAUCCUUUUGGAGAGACACGGCAGACCCGUCCGCUGUCGGUGUGUCUGUCUGUCUGUCGUCUCACAGGACUGCAUCUACCUUCCGUGAAAGGUUGGUGCCAACCUUUAAGUCACCCUAUUUAUACUAAGCAUAGAAUUGUAAUUGUUGUAAUAAUUUGAUACCAAAAACGAGCCAAAAACCAAAACAACCAAAGUGCCUUCCCGGUAAUGCAAUAUAAUAGCGUGUAAGUAGUUACCUUUUAAAGAGUUUAGCUUGUAAGCGCUGUACAAACCAAAGUCCAAAGAAACACCACUUUAAAUUUA